CGCCGACGGCUGGCGCGCAGAACGGGGUGGGCGUGGGUGGCGGAGCGGCGGCAGAGAAGGCGGCCGGCGCGAAGGCGAAGAAGUUGGGGACUUUUAGUGGGGUCUGGGUGCCGACUACGCUUAAUGUCUUGAGUAUCCUGAUGUUCCUGCGCUUCGGGUUUAUUCUUGGGCAGGGAGGAGUGCUGGGGAUGAUGGCGAUGCUCAUAAUCAGCUACAUCAUCAAUUUGAUCACAACUCUCUCGGUCUCUGCGAUUUCCUCCAACGGCACCGUUCGCGGCGGCGGCGCAUACUACCUCAUCUCGCGAUCUCUCGGACCCGAAUUCGGCGGAAGCAUUGGCCUCGUGUUCUACCUGGGAUUUGUCUUCAAUACCGGCAUGAACGCGGUCGGAUUGGUCGACUGUAUCGUCAACAACUUUGGGGAGUUGUCGGGCACGGUGACUGGGGGUAUACCCGAGUCGUAUUGGUAUCGAUAUCUGUACGGCACGGUCGUUCUGCUGGUUUGCACCGGUGUCUGCCUGCUGGGGUCGGGUAUGUUCUCGAGGGCUUCGACGAUGCUGCUCGUGAUAUUACUUGUGGCGACGUUCUCGAUUCCGAUCUCGGCGCUUUUCGUGGGCCCGUUUGAGGAUACCUCCGGGAUUGUUUAUACUGGCAUCUCGAUGGAUACGCUGAAGGAGAACCUCAUGCCUCGAUUUACCAAGGGAGCGGCUGGGAGUGAUAGUAAGGAGAAGGAGAACUGGCAGAAUCUAUUCGGCAUCCUGUUCCCAGCGACGGCCGGAAUCUUUGCAGGAGCCAGCAUGAGCGGCGAUCUUAGGAAUCCGAGCAAGUCCAUUCCAAAGGGCACUCUACACGGUCUUCUGUUCACAUUCGUGGCAUACACACUGGUGAUCCUCGCCAUGGGCGCCACCAUCUCAAGAGAAACAUUGUAUACGAACACAAACGUCAUCCAAGGUAUCAAUGCCUCGCCGCCAAUCAUCCUCAUGGGCGAAUUCGCGACAUCCUUCUUCUCCGCCCUGAUGGGCGUCAUCGGUUCCGCAAAAUCUUUGCAGGCUCUGGCCAGAGAUAAUAUCUUUCCGGGGCUCUCGAUAUUCGGCCAGGGGACGAAAUCCAGCGACGAUCCUACAUAUGCCAUCUUCUUCACCUUUCUCCUCUCGCAACUGACACUGUUUAUGAAUAUCAACUCUAUCGCUAGCUUUGUGACUAUGACUUACCUCAUCACCUUCUGGGUUACUAAUUUUGCGUGUUUCCUCCUCAAGAUCGGGAGUGCGCCGAACUUUCGGCCGACUUUUAAGUUCUUUACUUGGUGGACGGCCGCUGUUGGAGCACUGAUAAGUGUUGCGACGAUGUUUUUCGUUGAUGGUACCUAUGCCUCGGGAGUCAUCGGGAUGAUUUUGUUCUUGUUCUUGAUUAUCCAUUACUUUACUCCCCCGAAGCCCUGGGGCGAUGUGUCGCAAAGCUUGAUCUACCACCAAGUGCGGAAGUACCUGCUCAGAUUGAGGACUGAGCACGUGAAGUUCUGGCGGCCACAGAUCCUGCUACUGGUCAACGACCCCCGGCGAUCCUGGAAACUGAUCCAGUUCUGCAACGCCAUGAAAAAAGGAGGACUCUACAUUCUCGGGCACAUAGUAGUCACCGCAGAAUUCCAGGAUUCCUUUCAAGAAGUCAAGCGGCAGCAGAGCGCGUGGAUGAAAUACAUUGAUUUCUCCAGGAUCAAGGCUUUCCCGCAGGUCUCCAUUGCACCCACCGUCGAAUGGGGUGCGAGGAAUAUUGUUCUCUCUGCUGGGCUCGGCGGAAUGAGACCGAAUAUUACCGUGAUGGGAUUCUUUAAUAUUCAGGAAUACCGCGAUUCCAGGCCGCUGAUUGAUCUAAACACGCCUGGCUCGAGCCUGAGCAAAUCUGGAGCUCAUCGUCAGCGGAAGCAGAGACAUGAUCUGCAGGAUCAGCUGCCGACUGAUAGUAUGCGCCCUGAGUCUGCGGUUGACCCAAAGAGCUAUGUCAAUAUCUUGGAGGACCUGCUGCUUUGCUUGCAAAUGAAUGUGGCUGUGGCGAAGGGAUUUGAGGACCUGGAGCUUCCGAGCGAAGCUUCGGAGAAGAAGUACAUUGAUCUCUGGCCGAUUCAAAUGUCUGCUGAGAUCCAAGAUGAUACGAGCGGGAAUAUCACCACCACCAACUUUGACACCUACACUCUCAUCCUCCAGCUGGGGUGCAUCCUGAACACCGUCAGGACGUGGAAGAAAGCGUACAAACUCCGCAUCAUAGUAUUCGUGGAAUACGAAACCGACGUAGCGGAAGAAAGCGAUCGUGUCAAGAAGCUUCUCGAAAAUCUCCGGAUUCAAGCCGACGUGAUCGUUGCGUGGCUCGCUAACGGAUCUUUGAGAACGUACGAAAUCAUCGUUAAUGGUGCCGACCCUGGCAUACCCGGCGACGAGCGCAUCGAGAGAAUUCUUGGGCAGGAGGCGUGGUGGUCGGAGUUGCGAGACCGCCGGCGAAAUCCGCAGGAUGAUACGCCUGCUGUGCAGAUCCGGGGAGUCAAUGAGCUGAUGGGUGAUGGUAUGUGGCCGGGAAGCAGCUUCCAACAGCUGGGAAGGACGGAUUCGUCGCCUAUGCACCGACUGGGCCUCAAGAGGCUCCGCAAGGCGACGAAGCGGCAUUCCAUCUCCGGACUUGCGAUGAUGGGGCUGUCGGUGUCUUUCAACAUGAGGACGCAACGUUUGAAUCCCGAUGCCCUCCUGGGAGGGUCGGCGUCCGAGGAAUCCAGCGACGACGAGUCAUCGGUCGUCAGUAGCGCUGCCAGUGAGAAUGACGCCGAUGAAUUCGACGACGACGACAGAAUUGCUUGGAAUCUAGGCAGGCCUCGGCGUGCUAGCGCUGGUGCUGCGUUGACUUCGAGAGAGACGCAGACGCUCAGGCAGAAAGCAGACAGCAUGAAGUUCACGAGCGAAGCACCCACCGCUCCUAGUACUUUUCCCACCACUUCUCUCAUCACCGCUCCCACUGCCAUUCCCGCCACCGCUCCCACCGCCGGCGAUCCAGCCCUACUAGGGGCCAAACUCAACCCGUCACUGGCCAGACUGAAGCUGAUAUCCCGUCCGUCAUCCCCCAGUUUCUCGUCUAGGGCGAUUCCGGAUACGCAGCUUGCCGUCGAUGACGGUCCAGGCCCUAGCAUCAGGUUCGCCACCCCCGACUCACCCGUGCCCGUGCCAGCCGGCAAUGUUGAGUCGCCUAUUGGAGCUAUUCCUGCGCUCUCUUUCAAUGAUCUGCCGUCUCGCGGACAGCAUCUCAUCCUGAACGAGCUUAUGCAACGGUACUCGGUUGAUACGGCGGUGCUGUUUACUACGCUCCCGUCACCCCCGCCGAAUAGUUGUAAGAAUGAGCAGGAGUCUAUGUCGUAUCUGGAGGGCUUGGAGCUGUUGACCGAGGACCUACCACCGACGUUGCUGGUGCACAGUAAUUCUUUGUGCGUGACAACGUCUUUGUAAACUCUUGAGAAAGAGUAGAAGUAUUUUAAAUUGAUUCCCCCCCUUUGUCUGUGUACUGCUAGCGGUCUGCGGCGUUUGUACUGCUCUUUCUUGUUUCUGUUGUGGUCAUACAUACCCGUAGAAUAGAAUGGAUCUUAUCUGAUGAC